CAGUAGGUGAAGGUCUGCACACCAGGGGCUCUCUCUUGUGACACAAAACCACAAGGCCAACUCUCAGAAGGCAGAGCUUCGCCAUGCCCAGCCCAGCACUUCUGUGUUUCCUGGUCUUCCUGGCCGGGGUAGGAGCCAGCCGACACCAGAGCACCCUGUCUGAGGACAACUGCACCCACUUCUCAGUCAGCCUGCCGCACAUGCUCCGAGAGCUCCGAGCUGCCUUCGGCAAGGUGAAGACUUUCUUUCAAACCAAGGACGAGCUGCACAGCAUAUUGUUGACUAGGUCCUUGCUGGAGGACUUUAAGGGUUACCUGGGUUGCCAAGCGUUGUCCGAGAUGAUCCAGUUUUACUUGGAGGAGGUGAUGCCCCAGGCUGAGAACGAGGACCCAGACAUCAAACAGCACGUGAACUCCCUGGGAGAAAAGCUGAAGACCCUCCGGCUGAGACUGCGGCGCUGUCAUCGAUUUCUGCCCUGUGAAAACAAGAGCAAGGUGGUGGAGCAGGUGAAGAGUACCUUUAGUAAGCUCCAAGAGAAAGGUGUCUACAAAGCCAUGGGUGAGUUUGACAUCUUCAUCAACUACAUAGAAGCUUACAUGACAAUGAAGAUGAAAAUCUGAAACAUGGUGGGGAACGAAACAUCCAGGAUGCAACUCUUCUGGACUCUAGGACAUAAAUUGGAGAUCUACAAAAUCCUACUCAGGGAUAUGGGAGAACCAAACAGCUCCUUGGAGAACCCGGUCAUACCUCUCUCUUAGAAUAUUUAUUACUUCCGAUACCUCAACUCCCAUUUGUAUUUAUUUACUGAGCUUCUCUGUGAACUAUUUAGAAAGAAGCCCAAUAUUAUAAUUUUUUUCAAUAUUUAUUUUUUUUCACCUGUGUGUAAGCUGUUUUUGUAGGGUGAUACCCUAUGAUAUUUGAGUAUUUUAAGAGAAAUUGUAACUUAUAUAAGGAAAAAAAUGUUUCUUGGGGAGCCUACUGAUGCUUCCAUUCCAAGCCUGACCAUACUUCAUAGCUGUUGAGCUAUUGUUCCUGACCUCCCUAUAAUUUCUCUGGGCCUGGGGCUCCUAGAGUAUUGUAAAGACUCUUACCCUCUUAGGAGGAGAAACUAGGGAGCCCCUUUGAUAAUUAAUAUUCCAGUGGCUCAGAGGGAUUCCCUUGACCUCAUUCCCCAACCUCUUCAUUCUUGAAAGCUGUGUCCUGCUUGUUAUUUAUAACAACCUAAAGUUGGUUCUAAUAGAACUCAGUUUUAACUAGAAGCAAUUCAAUUCCUCUGGGAAUGUUACAUUGUUUGUCUGUCUUCAUAGCAGAUUUUAAUUCUUAAUAAAUAAAUGAGUCUUAUUAAAAUUA